AUGGAGAAUCCUGUGGCCGAAAUCCCGACGGUGAUUCGUCUUCUUACUCAGUCCACCCCAUCUUUGCAACACAAGGUUCUGGAGCGAUUUUACACCCCCAAUGCCGCCUUUGUACAUCCCUUCUGUCGAGUACCCAGCUUUAGGGAAAGUCGCUGGUGGGUGACGAAGAUCUUCCAGUGGUAUAAGAUUCUAUCACCUCGGAUUGAGAUGCAGAUUCAUUCUGUCGCGUUUGACGAGACCCACCUGAAGCUCUAUGUCCACAUGUCCCAGAUUUUUUCCAUUUGGAUAGUGCCUUUUUACGUCGCACCGGUGACACUGACAACGGUCCUGGAUCUGACCACAGACCAGGCCCAGAGCAACGCGCCAACCAAUGGUAACCGCACGCUGUAUUACAUUGCCAAGCAGGAAGAUCUAUAUCAAACUUCCGAGUUUGUAAAGUUCGUCCUUCCCCACGUCGGAUAUUGGCUGGUCCUCGUCUGGCACUUAAUUGCAACGUUCUUCUGCGUCCUCGGUUCGAAUUGCGCGGGGGGAAAUCUGGCUUACAACAUCGAGAACAAGAUCCCGGAGAUCAAGGAUCAGUGA